AUGACCCAUCUCGACCUCUUCCUGCAAAAGGGACCACCUGAUGGCAACCACACCGCCGGUCUGGAGGAGCUCCGGCGUGUAGUCUUGCUCGACGGUAUACCCGCCAACGCCGACGGCAUGGUACGUCACGAGCACCUAUCUCACCUGACGACGAUAUGUAUCAUGAUGUGCAUACUGACCAAUCAACAGUCCGAACUUCGCGUCUACGUCUGGCUCAUCCUCCUCAACGCGCCCCCACUCAAGGCAGAGCAAUACCUCGAUCUCGUCCAACUCGGCGCCUCACCAGCCUAUGCCAAGAUCCGCAACGACACCUUCCGCACAUUGACCACCGAUCCCCUCUUCCGCCGCCGCGUGACAGAGAACAGUCUGACCCGAGUCCUCAACGCCAUUGCCUGGAAACUUCACAACGCCAACGAAGCCCGAGUCAAUGGCUGGAUGUCGCCCCCGACUCUCCCUGUACCCAAGAGCCUCGAUGGCACCGACCACGUGUUUCACUCGCCCGACUCGGUCAACACCAAGCACCCUCUUGGCUCCGUCACCGGCACCGACGGCUCGGAGUCCGGCGACGCAACCUCGACUCAUAUCGGCUACGUACAGGGAAUGAAUGUCAUGGCAGCCCCUUUCUUGUAUGCCGCUCGCAGCGAGGCCGAAGCAUUCGCUGCAUUCGACCGCUGCAUCACACACGAAUGUCCUGCAUACGUGCGCGGAAGUAUGGACGGUGUCCACAACGGCCUUGCCCUCAUCGACCAGAUCUUGGCUAUCGUAGACCCCAAGUUGGCUUCUCACAUGAUGAGCAAAGGCAUGAAGGCCGAGAUCUAUGCCUUUCCCAGUGUACUGACACUUUGCGCCUGCACCCCGCCAUUGCCCGAAGUUUUACAGCUAUGGGACUUCCUGUUCGCCUACGGACCUCAUCUGAACCUGCUCUGCAUCGUCUCGCAGUUGGUGCUGAUACGAGACUCGUUGCUAAACAGUCAAACGUGAGUCCAUGCGCACGACCUUCUCAAAACACCUCGCUGACAAUUGCCUAGACCCAAGCCUGACUUCAAGCCUCUUCGAGCUCGCAAGGUUAUCGACUACACCGUAAACUUUGCGCGCAAGAUUCCGGCCGAUCUGUACGAGCAGAUGCUCGUCCACGCCAAGUAG